CAGCCAUGCAGGUCCCCAGCCCCAGCGUGCGCGAGGCGGCCUCCAUGUACGGCACAGCGGUGGCCGUCUUCCUGGUCAUCCUGGUGGCCGCCCUGCAGGGCUCAGCACCCCCCGAGAGCCCCUUCCCCUACCACAUCCCCCUGGACCCCGAGGGCACCCUGGAGCUCUCCUGGAACGUCAGCUACGUGCAGGAGACCGUCCACUUCCAGCUCCUGGUGCGGGACCUCAAGGCCGGGGUCCUGUUUGGGAUGUCUGACCGUGGUGAGCUGGAGAACGCUGACCUGGUCGUGCUCUGGACCGACGGAGACAGCGCCUAUUUUGGGGAUGCCUGGAGUGACCAGAAGGGGCAGAUCCACCUGGAUUCCCAGCAGGAUUACCAGCUGCUGCGGGCACAGAGGACCCCGGAAGGCCUAUCCCUCCUCUUCAAGAGGCCCUUCAGCACCUGUGACCCCAAGGAUUACCUCAUCGAGGACGGCACCGUCCACCUGGUGUACGGGAUCCUGGAGGAGCCGUUCUGGUCGCUGGAGGCCAUCAACACCUCGGGCGUGCAGACAGGGCUGCAGAGGGUACAGCUGCUGAAGCCCAACAUCUCCAUCCCGGCCCUGCCCUCGGACAUGCGCACCAUGGAGGUCCGCGCCCCCGAUGUGCUGAUCCCCGGCCAGGAGACCACGUACUGGUGCUACAUCACGGAGCUUCCGGAGGGCUUCCCCCGGCACCACAUCGUCAUGUACGAGCCUGUCGUCACCAAGGGCAACGAGGCGCUGGUGCACCACAUGGAGGUCUUCCAGUGCGCCGCCCAGUUCGAGAGCUUCCCCCGGUUCAGCGGGCCCUGCGACUCCAAGAUGAAGCCAGACCGCCUCAACUACUGCCGUCACGUGCUGGCCGCCUGGGCCCUGGGCGCCCAGGCCUUCUACUACCCGGAGGAAGCUGGCCUUGCUUUCGGGGGCGCUGGCUCCUCCAGAUUCCUCCGCCUGGAAGUUCACUACCACAACCCGCUGAAGAUAAAAGGCCGCCGUGACUCCUCGGGCAUCCGACUCUACUACACGGCCACGCUGCGGCGCUUCGACGCGGGCAUCAUGGAGCUGGGCCUGGUGUACACGCCCGUGAUGGCCAUCCCCCCACAGGAGAAGGCCUUCGUCCUCACCGGCUACUGCACGGACAAGUGCACCCAGCUGGCCCUGCCUCCCUCGGGGAUCCACAUCUUCGCCUCCCAGCUCCACACGCACCUGACAGGGAGGAAGGUGGUCACCGUGCUGGCCCGGGACGGCCGGGAGAGAGAGAUUGUGAACAGGGAUGACCACUACAGCCCUCACUUCCAGGAGAUCCGCAUGUUGAAGAAGGUUGUGUCUGUGCACCCGGGGGACGUGCUCAUCACCUCCUGCACAUACAACACAGAGGACAGGAAGCUGCCCACCGUGGGCGGCUUCGGCAUCCUGGAGGAGAUGUGUGUCAACUACGUGCACUACUACCCCCAGACGCAGCUCGAGCUCUGCAAGAGCGCUGUGGACCCCGGCUUCCUGCAGAAGUAUUUCCACCUUGUGAACAGGUUCAACGCUGAGGAAGUCUGCACCUGCCCUCAGGCCUCCGUCCCUGAGCAGUUUGCGGCUGUUCCCUGGAACUCCUUCAGCCGCCAGGUGCUGGGGGCCCUGUACAGCUUCGCCCCCAUCUCCAUGCACUGCAACAAGUCCUCGGCCGUGCGCUUCCAGGGUGAAUGGAAUCUACAGCCCCUGCCCGAGAUCAUCUCCAAGCUGGAAGAGCCCACCCCUCAGUGCCCAGCUAGCCGGGGUCAGAGCCCCACCGGCCCCACCGUCGUCAGCAUUGGUGGAGGCAAAGGUUGAGUGGGGGGCCAUUUCCUCGCUGCCCCCUCCAUGCCAUCCCUGUGGACUCACGCCAGCUCUGUGCACCCUCACUUUGUGAAGACCCCCAUGCAACAGCUCUGUGUGCCCAGGAAGAAGGGGCUGGCCAAACCCCUGCCUGGGACCAUGGUCCAUUCCAGUAUCCUCGCCUCAGGGACCCCUUGCAUGGCUAAGAGGAUCCCGUGCGAGCUCCCCGUUGACCCACCCAGGACUGGGCAGACCAAGACCCUCUCCACACCCUUUUGAUGCAGAGUGAGGAUAACCCGCCUCGGUGGUCUAGAGUCCAGUGCCCAGAAAGCCCUGUCCGUCUCGCUGGGAGGGGCCGGUCCUCCUGGGAAUGAGCCACGCCUGGCUGCGGGGCAGACUCACCCGAGACAGCCCACGUCCCCAGCCCCUGUUGAUGGCGGUUUGUGUUGGUGUGUGGCGGGUGCGAGUGCUACUUAAACAUUUCCCAGCAGGGCGGCUCGUUUGUCACGGUGGGCGUCUUCCCUGAGACGGAGGCAGGACAAGCCACUUAGCUAGUUAGAGACGUGCCUGGGGAAAUUGCUCCACUGCAGGGUAAAUAGAUAUUUUCGCCCACCGAAGGGGAAACCUAACAACAACUCUCACCACUACCAGAGACGAGACGGCAAAGAUCCAGACAGGAAUUGGGUGCCAGCUCCUUGGGGAAGUGGAAAUAUUAGCCCAGAUUGCUUCUCUCCACGGUGGAACGAGUGGUCAGUAGACCAUCCUGGCUCUGGAAUCAGACCCGUUAGAAGCCCAGUUCCACCUCUCGGUCAGGGUGUGACUUGGGCAGACCGUUUCACCUCCCUCACCCUCGGUUUUCUCAUCUGUAGAAUGGGGCCAGUGCCGCGCAGGUUGAUGAGAUGAUGAAGCCCACACGUGGGCCGGCGCACAGGGAAAGCUAAUGCAGGGUGGUGUUGCUCCCCCAAGAGAGAGCCUUGUCUGAACCUCCUCCCCAAGCCAGUGCUCUGCCCCAUGGUGCAACGGCGACGUGCCCCACGCUUCCCCAGCCGGUCUCCACCAUCCUCCCCUCCAAGCUGCCUCCCAUGUAAGGCAAGUGCAGCUCUCUGAUGGUUCUGCAGGGAGUAACAGAUGAGGCUGCGUUCAGCCAAUUCAGCAAAACGCUGCGCAGCCUCUAGGGGAGAGAGGGUGAUGGAUGGGCCUCCGAGUCCCCCUUACCCUCCAGCAGACGUCAGCUAAGCGGCUGCUUCUCAGUUUGUGAGCCACUUCAUUACAGACGGGAAUAAACAGGCCCGGACGCUCUGCACUGCGGCGUAUAAAUCACGGCUUCCCGCGCCGUAAGUCUCAGGGCGUGAUGGCUGUGAAAUGCCAGGGCCCGACAGAGGCUGGAGCGCGGACAGGCCCUUCAUCAUCUUUAUGGCCUCAGGUGACAGGUGGAGAAGAGGCCCCUCCCCUCAAGGGGCAGGCCUGAAGCAUGCCCAGCCUCUGGCCUUGAUCGUAUGGCCCAAGAGGACCCGGUCCCUCUGAUCCUGCCCGACUGCCAGCCCGGACAGGGGUCCUGGUCAGCUCCGAGCUCUGGGAGGGGACGUGAGAUAGACCCGCAGGCCUCGGGCAAGCCUGCCCCACACCCGCCGAGCCCUUCCUUGCUGGCCACUGCCCUCGCCUUGUUCCCCAAACACCCGGGAGGCACCUGUGGCAUUCCAGUCUCUCCGACGAGGGAACAGAGGUUCACAGAGGAGAAAUGCUUUGCCCUGGGUCCCCCUCCGGAGGAUUAGUGGGAAAUCACAGCCAGUUCCCGAACCUUCUACCACCCACAGUGACAGCCCCCCCCCCACACAUCACUCACUCUCCUGCUCUCAGGCUGGUCAUCCUCUUCCUCCUGGGGGCAGCCUGAUGGGCUCUCCUACAAGACCACAGCCUGUUCCCCGCCCCGCCCUGGCGCCUGGCUCCCACAGAACCCCACCCGGAUGACUGAGUCCAGUGUCAUUGAUAAUAGUUGCCACAGUGUGCACACUGGUUCCGUGCUAACACUUCCAGCACACCUACGACACACGGGCUGUUUCUGCUCCC